CCAUCUGCUUUCUGGGGACCACGUGCUGUCUGCUUAUACUGAACUACUACCAAACAUCUCCGGUCCCAGCACUGUGGCCAAUAGUAGCUUAAGGAUAAUUAUGCGUGUAAUUACACAUUAUAAAUUGUGUGAUAUCGCCUGGGAGGCAUGUAGUCACCUGGAGACAUUUUAACUCUGUGCUGCCUCUCCAAGAGAGCUGGAAUCACAAAAGAUAAGGACUUUUGGACUACACAGUUUCAUACACAGCCCUGUGUGCUUCCCGGACUGUUCUUAGAGAAAUGCCACGUGCCAGGACCAAGCGACGUAAAACAGAUGUGGGGGGCUCUCCUGCCAAUCCCAUGAUGUUCCUGGGGCAGGACUUCCAGCAGCUGCAGCAGGAAUACAGCAGGAAAAAAGAGAUAUACACUGAUGAGAAAUUCCCUCCAAGCAAGCGCUCCAUUGGCGCAGGCCUGCUGUCCCGUGCUGAAAUGGCUAAAGUGGUCUGGAUGAGGCCAUCAGAACUGGUGGAAGAUCCGUGUCUAAUUGUAGAUGGCAAGUCCAGGUUUGACUUCAGCCAAGGAGAACUAGGAAACUGCUGGUUUCUGGCUGCAAUAGCGGCAAUUACGUUUCGGAAAGACAUCAUGGAUGAGGUUGUGCCUCAAGAUCAGUCAUUCGAAAAAGACUAUGCAGGAAUAUUUCACUUCAGGUUUUGGAGGAAUGGCCACUGGGUUGAUGUUGUGAUAGACGAUACACUGCCAACAAUCGAUGGGCAGCUCAUCUUUCUGCAUUGCAAAACACGCAAUGAGUUCUGGCCUGCCCUGCUGGAGAAGGCAUAUGCCAAAGUGUGCGGUUGUUAUGCAGCCAUGAAUGGUGGGUAUGUGUAUAAUGCCCUGCGGGAUUUCACCGGUGGAGUGCAGAAAACAUUCAUUCUGUGCAAAGCUGCAGAAGAGCUCUGGGACAAGAUGGAUCAGGCAGCAAAGAACAAUGCCCUCAUGGGCUGUUCAACCCCUCAAGGGGCAACCCCUGCCAACACAGUGUUACCCUGUGGUAUAGUGGAAGGCCACGCCUACUCUGUCACAGGUGUCGCCAAGGUGGUGUUGCCACAUAAGGUAGUGAAACUGGUGCGAGUCUUUAACCCGUGGGGAGACGGAGAGUGGAACGGAGACUGGAGUGAUAAAUCAUCUCUGUGGAACAAAGUGUGUGAUGAGGAUCGUAAAAUAUGUCUGCAAGAAAAAGAAGAUGGAGAAUUUUGGAUGUCAAUGAAAGAUUUUUGCUGUAAGUACGAAGAUCUGGAUAUCUGCUAUGUCAGGCCUAAGCUCCCGGCGUAAUCGUCUCCUACAGCAAACUCUGAAGCUGACUGCUAUUGAAAGAUUGUUUGAUUCUAUAAUGCUAUCUGGGGUAUUCUGCACUUUCCCAGUUUAAGCAGCUUGUCAAGUGCAGACUGACUAACUAUUCCUUAUGCAUGAUCAUGCAUAGAGACCUCCACUCUGAAUCACCAUCCUUCCUCAGUUUGCCUGCUCUGAUAUACUUCAGCCCUUACACUCUUUAAACAUCGUAGCUGGCUGCCCAUGAAAUAAAACCUGAAAGGCAGUAAAUCAGCAUUACCCAUAUUUUACACAUGCUUAUGUUAUUUUUUAAGAUAACUUUUGCUGUGCACUGCGUAGAACUUGUGAAAAGGAUGUCCUCCACUUCAGGAGGGAGAAGUAAGAUUUGCCCUGCACUGCAUAUCCUAAUAAAAGACUUACAAAGAAA